AUGGCACAAUUGCUCGCCGAGAGAGACAGAAAGAAGCAAAAGGGAAAGGGCAAAGCCACAGAGGGCAAGACCCUCGCCGAGUCCCUCACUUGGCUCAAUCUUGCCGGUAAUCCUACACUCGGUCAGGGCUCAACGUCCUCUUCACGAGCUGCCUUCCAGGGCCUCGAGACGGUCAAGUCCCUCUUUGUGCUCAACUUGUCUUCCUGCUCACUAAGGUUGCUACCGCCAAAGGCCACUCUCAUGAAUCUUUCCGAGCUGCGAGCUCUCAUCCUUACUCAAAAUCGUCUGGAUUCCAAAGCUCUCGAGGCGAUCCCUUACCUGCCCAACCUCAACACGCUGGUACUGAGCCACAAUGAAAUCGGCUCUCUGCCCGCCUCGCUCCCUGCGAACUUGCCUCAAUUGGCAAAAUUGUCGAUCAGCCACAACAGCCUUGGAGACGCAGUCGGCGAAGAUGAAGACGACGAGGCCGAGCCCGCAGGUUCCUUGCCUGACUUCACGAUGUGUUCCGCCUUGCGUGAAGUAAGGCUGUCGCACAAUUCGCGGCUUUCCCGAUUGCCGGACCAUAUCAACAAUUGGGGCAGAGGCGCGUCAGGCGAAGGGAGAGGUCUGGACCUGCUGGAUGUAGGCCAUUGCAACUUGACUUGGGACAAUGUCUCGGCAACCCUCCUCUCUGCCUCAUCAGACACAGCCGAAGGCAAACGGCUGAGAGCGCUCAAGAGCCUGACUCUGGCAGGCAAUGCUGACGUAGAGGACGAGGACGAUUAUCGGUCAAAAGUCAAGGCGGCCCUGCCUGGUCUGACCGUUUUGGACAAUCAAAGGCUGGUAGAGAAGACCAAGAAGGGAGAGAAAGGCGGCAAGCCGCCAGCUGGCGCUGAGAGCGGGCCAGCUCAGUGGCCAAAGAGGGGGCCAGCUCAAUCCGAUGGAGGGGCGGUCACUCCAGAGGCUCAGGCUGCCUCAGCGCAGGGUGACAAGAAGCGCAAGAGGGAUGGUCGUGGCCUUCCAUCUGUUAGUCGCUCAACCGAUGAUGAUCGCAUGCUGGCCAGAGCGGGUCCGCCCCCUCCGGAGGACGAUUCAGACGCCGGUGUCGCCUCGGACGAGGAGACUGGCAAGAGGGAAAUCGUGGAUCAACCUCGACAAGGGAAGCGCAAGAGGGCAAAGAGGGGCAAGAAGAAGGACAUAUGCGAGGCCAGAGAAGGGGCAGCAGAAGCUCCCAAAGGACAGCGCGAAGGUCAGAGCGGAGAGUGGCAAGCCCAAGGCUCAGGAUCAGAUUAA